CUUCAGUGCUGUUCAGUAUGUUUUUGGGGCUGCUUAUCGCUUCAUCGUAUUUCGACAAUGGUAACGGCGGUAAAUAAGAACGAAAUAAAAGUGAAGCAACUGGUGUCGGUAACUAAACUUAUUUGACGGCUAAAUAACGCCUAUAGAUAAGCCGAACAGAUAGUUUAAGGAAGAUGCGUCCAAACUGAACUACAAAAUGUGUACAAUAUAAUAUUUAACAAAAUUAGAUUUACAUUCAUACGCAAAGAAUUCAUAUUUUUAUAUAAAUACAUACGGAUGUGCAAAUAGGCGUACUAUAUAUCGUGCAUACAUACGUAGGUGUUGGAAUGGAAUGAUAAUUGUUAUGGAUCAUUUGCCCAUUGUUUCGGUGAUCGUUUUGUAUAUUUCAAAUAAUAAAAGAUGGGCCCAAUGUACACACAAGCAGAAAAAAUGUAAAACAUUCUACUCUGUGAAAAACAAAUAAGAAAGAUAAUAAAUAUAGUACUUUAAUUUGACGAUUUCAGUAACCUCUUGGAAACUUUCGAUUAGAAGUGUUGUUUUUUAAACAACAAGUACAAUUAAAGUAAACGAAUUUAACCAAUAGUUAUACGAAAUUAAAAAUAAAAUGUUGUCGUCCAUGCCACGCGUUAAAUAUCUAUCUCAACCACUCCUUCUGUUCAUGGUAGCGUCUCUACUCCGCUGGCCGGCGCUGCACGCAUUACCCCAUGCUCAGCCUUUUCCUGCCGAAGACAUGCCAGUGGCACUGCCUCAGGAACCUCUACCAAACGUGCCCAUACUACAGCCACCAUUACCACCACAAUCAGUGCUGCCGCUAAAUGUGUUGCCAAUUAACGCGCCCAUUGUGCCCACCACCACUAGCGCUACACCUGCUGAGCCCGAGAUACCGGAAUAUCGACGACAAUGUUUCUAUGCUGAAGAGGAACUAUGUGACAAACCACUGUCGAAUUGGAGUCCACAAGCCAGUGAUGUCCACACACAUUUAGGCACCUGUCAUUGUCGACCACAUUCUACUAUGCCCGCUUCGUGGUAUUGCUGCAAUGUCACACACAUGUCCAUGAUCUCGUCGUGCAGCAACACCACUAAUUGGACCAACUUGCAUAUACGCAAUGUAACGUUGCAUGAAUUGGAUUUAUCGAAUUCACUUUACCAAACGCUGCAAUCGCUUGCAAUCACCGAUGGCAACAUCACCAAAUUAAUAGGCAGCUUCUCGCGUUUUUCCUCCAUCAAAUGCCUGAACGUGUCCAAUAACAACUUGUCGGAAAUCACGCAACGUGGCUUAAUACCGCCAAAUCUUAAAGUGUUGGAUAUAUCGCAGAAUAAUUUAACGGGUAUACCCAACUUUAAUCAGAAUCAAAAUAUUACUGUGGAUGUGAGUGGCAACAACAACAUGUUAUGUUUCGAUAUAUACAACUCCAUCUUUCGUGAUUCCUUGAUGUUCGUCAACCAGGAGAAUUCUUUUUGUUUGCAAAAUUUUACUUUUCGUUGGUUCAAUUCAACUGAUUUAAUAUCCAUUAAGGAGCUAGUCAAAUGGCGGCCGCUUAACACAGAUUGUCCCAGCAUACCGGGGUAUGGAAAUUGCACCUGCAAGAAGGAGCACAUGGUCACCACUGUAACGGGCGAUCAAUCCGAGGCGAAAACAAAAAUUAUAUCCGAAGUUGAUUGCUCAAAUCUUGGACUAGUUGAGCUGCCGCCAAAGCUGCCCGAAAACACAUUUUCGCUGAAUGUGUCUAACAACAAAAUCACGAGCAUUGGUAAACACUUCCAUACAAAUCCAACCUAUCAAAGCCUAAUCUAUCUGGUUGCGGACGAUAAUAAAAUAUCAACAAUGUACGAUUUGGAGGGAACAGCUUUUAUGGAACACUUUCAAAGGCUGUACUUGCGUAAUAACGCACUCAACAGUAUUCCAGAGUACUUUUUGAGCAAUGUACUGGAUAAUCAUGAUGUUGGUCGUAUUAUUUUUCUCGGUGGAAAUGAACUGAAUUGUGAUUGUAAUUCAGCUAAAACAUUAAAGUACUGGCUGCUGGAGCAUAAUCGUGAUAUCCCCGAUUACAAUAACAUACGCUGCCGAAACAUACCGCAAAGGGUAAUGGAAUUGCGUGAAAUGAAACUUUGUCAGUCGCCGCAUGAUUGGACGGAUUAUAUAUAUUAUUUAAUUGCCACUGAAGUUAUUUUACUGAUUGCCUUAAUCACAAAAGUCUCAUACGAUUACUGGGUAUUCAAAACGGCUGGUUAUUUGCCAUGGCCGGCUAGUAAAAUGCCAAAAUUACCUUGUGAUUGGUUAUGCGAAUCUUAGUUCGCCGAACAAGUGUUAAAAGGAACAGAAAAAAGACAUGA